AUGUUGGGCUUUUUAAGGAUGCCUAACGACCGCGUCAACACCCGCGACCAGGUUACGACCAGUUCAAACGGAGGGUGGGUUGUUGGGGUCGUUCAGCUGGGAGAGCUCGACAAUAAGACAGCUCCCUUUGCCGCAACUACCCAGGUGGUCGUGGAGAAAGCGCGUUCUGUUUGUCUGGAUCUAGAUCGGGCGAAGCAUGCGCCGUCAGGCGCAUCACAGAAUGUGCAUCGAGCAAAUACACCUCCCUUCGCUACAAAUUGGUCGUCUUGGAGAACGCGGGAGUUUAUCUGGGUGCAUGCGGGCCUGGAAAUCACAACGCAUGCGCCUAAUCGAGCAAACGUGCGCCUUCUUUUUUCUGCUCAUCUGAUUGGUUUACCGUUUGUCUUCGGACCCCCAGAUGGUUGUCGCAGCGAGCAUGGGCGCAAAGUCAGUUUGACCACGACAACAUGGAUUCAAGAUUGUCGUCGUACUCGUGUGGCGCCUUGCACGUUCACUCUCGCGCAGCGCCUCUCGUUGGCCAUCUUCAUGAGCACCGUCGUUCAACGCAUCUUCGUUCACCCGCGAGGCGUAGCGCGUCUCUGCAGACUUGACUUCGCUGUUCGUGGCCACCUUAUUCGGCGUCCGCAUUCGAGCAAAAGGGCAGCUAAUUCUUCGCUCCCGCCAACAACACGCCCAAUUGCGCGAAAGAAUGAUGGUGAAUUCACAUGUAUGGCUACACCCAUGAUUUUGCUGCCCGAGGCGUGCAAAAUGCUGUUUACUCGCACUUGCGACGACGGUGCUUGUUCUGUGGGAGGUCGUCAUUGUGGGGAAUGCGGAUCUGGGCAUGCAUACUUCAACAACGAUGUCCCGAUCGGCUCAUUCAAGACUACCUGGACUGUCCCACCCGCACCAGCUGCAAACCACGGUCAAACGAUCUUCCUGUUCAACAGCAUUGAACCGGGAAGCUUUGACGGCAUCAUGCAACCCGUUUUACAGUGGGGACGGAGCGCAGCUGGCGGUGGCCCGCAAUGGAUGCUUGCUUCAUGGUACCUCUACCCCGGCGGGACAUUCUUUUCGCCUCUGGUCGGUGUUUCUGUCGGCCAAAGACUGCAGGGUGAAGUCCGGCUCGUUGGCGCGUCUGGCGGGACCUUCAACUACCUCUCCUCCUUCACCAAUGUUGGCGGCACGGGACUCGAGGUCGAUGGUGGCCCAGAGCUGAAAUGGGCUACGCUCACCCUCGAGUCGUAUGGCGUCACCACCCGCGACGACUACCCGGCGGGCUCGACGGUGUUCUCGGCCACCAACCUGCAGCUGACUAACGGCGGAUUCCCGAAUAUCAACUGGGCCACUGUCAGCGACACCGCUGAUGGUAUUACCACCACGGUACAAACCCAGGGCUCGACGGCGGCUGUUGUUACAAUUACUUACUAG